AUGUCCAAAGCAGGAGACAGGACACCGUCUACUACCUCUGUUGAUUCAGCCUCAACAGACGGAAAAGAAAGCAAGGAGGGGUCAGUCUCCGACACGCCCAAGAAAUCCUCAAAGAAGUCCAAGAAGAACACUGAGAGCAUGAACAAAGUCUACAACUCUGUGCUCAACAGUGUUUUUGGGGCGGACAGAGAGUUAGCCCAGGCUGAACUGGAUGAGCUGCAGGAGGCCUUUAAAGAGUUUGACUACGACCAGGACGGCUACCUGAACUACAAGGAUGUGGCUGAGUGCAUGAGGACCAUGGGGUACAUGCCCACAGAGAUGGAGCUGCUGGAGAUAGUGCAGCAGAUCAAAAUGAGAAUGGGGGGACUGAUGGAUUUUGAAGACUUUGUUGAGCUGAUGGGGCCCAGGAUGAUGGGGGAGACCGCUCAUAUGCUGGGACUGAAGGAGCUCCAGUCGGCUUUUGUCCAGUUUGAUCUGGAUGGAGAUGGAAAAAUCAACCAGGAUGAGAUGAAAGAGGCGAUUAAAUCACUGCUGGGAGAGAAGUUAAAGAAAGGAGAGCUGGAGGAGAUCCUGAAGGAGCUGGACAUUAAUGCAGACGGGAACAUUGACUUUGAAGAGUUCGUGAUGAUGCUCUCCAUUCGCUGA